AUGUGCCUCUCACAUGUACGUGCCAAAAUUACUGAGAUCUUAGCUUAUCUCGAGCGUCCAAAGUUUUCUAAAAGAACAAAGGCCAUGUUGGAUAAAGAAGCGCUAUUGCCUGUGGACACCCCCCUAAUGCCUCCCCAGCCUCGCCGCCGUCUACGUCGAAUAGAUGCUGCUCUAUUUGCUGUUCUCCUGAUCGUCGCCUGUUUUGUUGGUGCUCGUCCGCCCUCUGUGCGCACUUCUAAUCCACUGUGGCUUUCGACGGACACGCGACGCUUUCAAUAUUUGACGUAUAACGAUAUAAACAAGACCAAACGCCAAUCCGGAUACAGCAUUAAGUACUCAUCUCGAGGUUUUGAGAUUGAUGGGAGGCAAACGCUGCUGCUUGGAGGUUCCAUUCAUUACCCACGGAGCACUCCGGGCCAAUGGGAGCAGCUACUGAGAGACGCCAAGCGAGACGGCCUCAACCACAUUGAGAUGUAUGUGUUUUGGAAUUUGCACGAGCAAAAGCGAGGAGUGUUUAAUCUCGAGGGUAAUGCCAAUAUUACAAGAUUUUACGAACUAGCAGCAAAAGUGGGUUUAUUCUUGCAUGUGCGAUUUGGUCCGUAUGUGUGUGCGGAGUGGAGCAAUGGAGGUCUACCAGUGUGGCUCAAUUUCAUUUCUGGGAUGAAAGUACGCUCGAGCAACGCUCCAUGGCAAAGUGAAAUGGAGAGAUUUGUUCGAUAUAUGGUGGACUUAUCGAGACCUUUCUUGGCAGAAAAUGGUGGGCCGAUUAUAAUGGCGCAAAUUGAGAACGAGUUUGCAUGGCAUGAUCCCGAGUAUAUUGAGUGGUGCGGCGAUCUUGUGCAGCGUUUAAAUACUUCCAUUCCAUGGGUCAUGUGCUACGCCAACGCAGCUAAGAAUACUAUUCUCACGUGUAAUGGUAAUGACUGCGUCGACUUUGCGAUAAAGCAUGUGAAGGAGCGCCCGUCAGACCCGCUUGUGUGGACUGAAGACGAAGGCUGGUUUCAAACGUGGCAGAAGGAUAGAAAAAAAUUGUUGCCAAGUGACCAGCGAACUCCCGAAAAUGUGGCGUAUGCUGUUGCUCGAUGGUUUGCGAUCGGUGGUGCUGCACAUAACUACUAUAUGUAUCAUGGCGGUAACAAUUACGGCAGGGCUGCUUCUGCUGGAGUGACUAACAUGUAUGCAGACGGAGUAAAUCUUCAUUCAGAUGGCUUGAGCAAUGAGCCAAAACGAUCUCAUUUGCGCAAGCUUCACGAAUCCCUAAUUGAGUGCAAUGAUAUAUUACUGCUCAAUGACCGGCAAUUGCUGAAUCCGCAUAGCCUGUUACAUGCAAGCCAGCAGUCUACUGGAUCUUCGUCACAGCAACGAGCUUUCGUAUACGGGCCAAAGGACGGAUCUGGCCAGGUGGCAUUUUUAGAAAACAUGGCUAAAAAGGGGGUAACUGUAGUUUACGAGCGCAGAAAAUACGACCUCGCGCCGUACUCGAUGUUGAUUCUCAAGGACGGAGUGCCGCUUUAUGACACUGCAGACGUACAAAAGUCAUUUCCAGGCCAUCAAUAUCGAUCGUACAAAUCGCUGGUAGAAGCUAUCACUUUGAAAUGGAAAACGUGGACCGAGCUUGAUUUAUCACCGUCAACCCUAAGGAAACGGGUGGUGGCCAUGCGGCCUUUCGAGCAACUUCGGUUGACAGCAGACCAAUCCGACUAUUUGACUUAUGAAACCAUAUUCACGUUGAAGCAACUGAAUGGACACACUGGUGAUAACAAUGAUGACGCAGGGACGUUGACGGUAACAUCAUGCGAGGCCACCAGUAUCAUUGCUUUCAUCGACAACUGGCCUAUCGGUGAGAAACAUCUAGCAUACCCUGGUGGAAACUGCUCCCAAGAGUUCUUAUUUCAUUUGCCAGCGAAUAUUGAUGUUGGCCGGAAGCAUUACCUAAAGCUGGUGUCGAUUAGUUUAGGGAUCUACUCAAUGGGAAGCAGUCACAGAAAAGGUAUCACGGGAAGUGUCAAAAUUGGGAACAUGAAUUUGGCAAACGACCAAGAAUGGUCGAUGUACCCGAGUCUUGUCGGUGAGCAGUUGAUGAUUUAUAGUUUGCAGUGGCUGAAUUCAGUACCAUGGACUCCGUCAACCAGCAAGCAGCAGCCAUCCAUCCUGCUCGAUUUGUUUGGACUCACACGCGGCCGUGCGUUUAUUAACGGCCAUGACUUGGGCCGCUAUUGGCUCAUUAACGAAGAGGGCGACUUUGUUCAACGCUACUACCAUGUUCCACAGGACUGGUUAUUGAAGGACCAAGAAAAUCUUCUGGUAGUAUUCGAUGAACUCGGCGGGUCAGUUGCUGACGUGCGACUCGUGUCCUCUGUGAUGGUUUUAGCAUGA